AUGUCUGUGCCGGUAAAGCAGGAUGGCAAGUCUCGCGCCAAGACCGUAUCUCGCUCUUUCAGGGCUCAGCUACGGUUCCCCGUGGGACGUGUGCAUCGCCUGUUGCAUAAAGGCAACUACGCGGAGCGGAUCGGCGCGGGCGCGCCCGUGUACCUGGCGGCCGUGCUGGAGUACCUGGCGGCCGAGAUCCUGGAGCUGGCGGGCAACGCGGCCCGCCACAACAGGAAGUCCCGCAUCGCGCCGCGCCACCUGCAGCUGGCCAUCCGCAACGACGAGGAGCUCAACAAGCUGCUGGGCAAGGUGACCAUCGCGCAGGGCGGCGUGCUGCCCAACAUCCAGGCCGUGCUGCUGCCCAAGAAGACCGAGAGCCACCACAAGGCCAAGGGCAAGUGA